GCUCUUUAAGCUCCGGUGUUGCCACACAGAGCAGCCAUUCAUCGGCUCUACAGUCAGCCACACACACUCCCAUGUUGGACCACUGGACAUCUAAAUUGGUGUAGCUGAUUUUGGUGAAACGGAUUUCCAGCCGACGAAAGGAUUUGGACACUUUUACGCACCAGUAUGGCUUUGCCUGAGAAGAGUCACCAAUAACUGGGAUCGUCGCAGACUCAAGACAGCUUAUCGAAUUAAAACGAUUUAAUUACACUGAAUAGUUUGUGCUCUCUUUGAAACAAUUUUUGCAUUCAAGGGUUGUUUGUCAUUAGUUGAAAGGAAGAGAAAAAAAAAAUGUCCGGCGAGGAGCACAGCCUGUCCGAGGCGGAGCUGAGUCCCGGAGGGUCAGACGAUGGUCACUCACUGUCUCCGACUCAACCCGGAGCGCCACCCGGCCAGGACUCACCUCUGACCGGGGCGCCGCCGCAGCUGACCGCGCUGUGCGUCGCGGAUGGCAGAGGGGAUGACAGAUCCAGAGGCAAAUCGGAGGAAGAGGACGAUCGCUUUCCCAUCGGCAUCAGGGAGGCGGUCAGUCAGGUGCUGGAUGGAUAUGACUGGACUCUUGUGCCUAUGCCGGUGCGCGUAAACAACGGAAACAAAGCUAAGCCCCACGUCAAACGGCCCAUGAACGCCUUCAUGGUGUGGGCGCAAGCGGCGAGGAGGAAACUGGCCGACCAAUACCCCCACCUGCACAACGCGGAGCUCAGCAAGACCCUGGGCAAACUGUGGAGGCUGCUGAACGAGAACGACAAGAGGCCAUUCAUCGAGGAGGCGGAGAGGCUGAGGAAACAGCACAAGAAGGACUACCCGGAGUACAAGUACCAGCCCCGGAGACGCAAAAACGGCAAACUAACGACUACUAGUGAGUCUGAUAGCCAGGGGGAAGGGGAGGCCAGCCACUCCCAGUCACACUACAAGACCCUGCAUCUGGAGCACAACGGUGGGGCUGGGUCUCCCCUGGGUGACCUGCACCACCACCACCAUCACCACCACCAUCCUGCUGGUCAGGGUCACAGCCCGCCCACGCCCCCCACCACCCCAAAGACAGAGCUCCAGUCUGGGAAGCUGUCAGAUGGAAAGAGGGAGGGGGCAGCAGGAGCGGCCGGAGGAUCAGGGGGGUCCAGGGGGGCACUCGGGGUGGGAGCUGAAGGUGCAUCCGGUGGUCCCUCAUCAUCGAGUGCUAAACCCCACAUCGACUUUGGCACAAUGGACAUCGGCGAGAUCAGCCACGAAGUGAUGUCCAACAUCGAGCCGUUUGAUGUGAACGAGUUCGACCAGUACCUUCCUCCCAACGGCCAUCCGCAGAGCGCAGCCGGGGCCCCUGCAGCCGGAUCCUCGGCCUCGUCUUACGCCUACGCCCUGGCGGCUGCGAGCGGGCACUCCGCCUGGCUUUCCAAACAGCAGCAGCAGCCUCAGGCCUCUCCAUCUUCCUCCGACCCCUCCAAAGCCCAGAUCAAGAGCGAGUCUGCGUCUGGGAGCCACUAUGCCGAGGCCUCGUCCUCUCCCUCCUCAGGCACCCAUGUCACCUACACCCCGCUCAGCCUCCCUCACUACGGCUCCGCUUUCCCCUCGCUGGCCUCCAGGGCUCAGUUUGAGUACGGAGAGCACCAGGCCCCCGGGGCGUACUAUGCCCACUCCAGCCAGGCCCCGGGGCUGUACUCAGCCUUCUCCUACAUGGGCCCUACACAGAGGCCUCUGUACACUACCAUAGGAGACCCCUCCAGCGUGGCCCCCUCUCACAGCCCCACACACUGGGAGCAGCCUGUUUACACCACACUCACAAGACCUUGAGGGAGACCAGCUGAGCAGAAGGAAAUAUGGGAAGCGUGUGAGUGGAUCUGUGUGUGUGUGUGUGUGUGUGUGUGUUUGUGUAUGUGUGUGCAAAUGUGAGUGUGUGAUUGUGCGUAUGUGUGUGUGUGUGUGUGUGCCCGUGCCAUAUUGAUGUAAUAUUAGAGGUUUUUACUUUUUUAGCCAAUAUAAUGCAAGAAGCAUCCAUGGGGCCUUACACAGUUAUUCUUUAAAAAAAAAAAAAAAAAGCAGCCACAAACUCACACAGUAUAAAGUGUGAAUCAUGGGCCAACAGCCAAUCAGAAAAUGAAUAAACAUUAACAAACGUGUGCCAUCAUGAAUUUAUGUGUUGGGAUGUACAGCGAGUGUGUAUAACGGAGGUAAAUGAGUGAACAGAUGUUGCAUUGACGAGUGAUACGACCCAGAAACGAAGGGUCUCGACUGACAUAAUCAGAUUUUUAUUAACCAAACUAAAGGAGAUGUUUUUUUUUUUUUUUUUUUGAUGUCAUUGUGUUAUUUUAUAUGAGUAGUAAGUUUAUUGUUGUUGUUGAUAUCCUAGGAUGUAACUUUAUUGUGACUGAUUUGAUAUUACACUUAUACAUCUGCACCACUGCUUUGGGAGAAGCAUGUUUUGUUGAAAUAUGACGCUCCCUGAGGUUGUUUAUGUGGCCAGAUAAGGAUAGUUGCAAACCUUCUUUUCUCUGUAGAUAACGCAGUCUGUGUUUCUGUCCUUCCUUACUUUGUUGAAACUGAACAAUUAAGCAUUUAAGGGGAAAAAUAGGAAAAAGAGAGGGAAAGAGAGCUCUUGAAGAUGUAUUUCAGCUUAUCGCUCAGUCUUGGACACUUACCUCAACUUUAGUCAUUUUGUGCCAAUAGCAAAGGAGAAACACGACCCUGGAUAUCUGAUCAAUAUCAGAACAUUAAAAAAAAAAAACUCCAAUUAAGUCACCAAACUUCUUCUUUUUUUUUUUUGCUUUUUAAGUGCCUAACAUUUUGCUGAUUCACAUCUGAUUUUUCAAAUAACUGAGUUAAAAUCUAUAAGUUCAAAGUCUCAACCAAAUCUCUUGAGAUAAAUGGCCAGCUUUGGGUCCUACUUAAGGAUUAGAAUCACAUGUACAACCGUUCUGCACUGCAUGUAGGCCAUAAGCAUGUUUUCUUCUUUGCAGUUUUUUCCUACGUAGAGCCCAAACAGGCCUCUUCCUCUUCAGCAAUGUGAAUAAUGGUCAUUACCACAGGCUUCACCUUUAUUACGUGAUGCAUACUUUAUCAUUUUAUACUGACCCUCUUACCAUGUAGUUAUUAUUUUUAUGUAAGUAAUAAUGCAUUGCGUGUCACACCUUUGCUUCUUCCAUUUUGUAUAAUUCUGGAUAGUUUUGUAAAGUGUUUGCUAUACAUUCACUCGAGUAUUUUGCUUCCUUACAAGAAAAGCAA